UCAAACGGUCCUGGGUGGAGGAAUGAGGAAGUAGCUGGUUGUUGUUAUGCUGUAGAAGAGAGAGAUGAGAUGACACGGACUGCAGGAUCCUCCUAUAAUUUUCUGAGUGUUAAAGAAACAAAUGGAUGUCAGAACGACACAAUCCUGAAUCCGGUUCUGUUUAUCCACCUGCUCCACAUUUUGACCGCUCACUCCAUUGCAGAGGAAACAGCCCCAAACAUAGAUUGUAUCAGGAUGCCUCACUGUUGUCACCACACAGGAAACUCUCCACCUUUCUUCUCUGGGCAGAUUGCGUUUAGGAUGCCCCAAAUUAGAAGAAAGAUCAAGGAAAUACAAAUGUUUUUGGAACCGGUGCAACUGUUCACAUUCAUUUUCUUCUUGGCUAUGAGUUCCUGGGAGCAUGGAGAACACUCAAAUGAAGCAAUGCUUGAGAAAGAACAUCAGCACAUCCAGGAUGUUAAAGAGGAAGAAGAAGAUUUUGCUGUUUGUGAGCCAUCUCACGCACAUGAAAGAGGAUCUCCCGAACCCUCAGAGGCCAAUAAAAGGUCAUCUGGAGAAGUCAGUCCUGAAACACAUCAAUCCACUAGUAACAAGAGAGCCAGAGUCUGCUCUGAGGUGAGGCAGUGUCUGACAGAUGAGAGCCAUCGACAUGAGCCUCUUUUCCUCGCUGCGACUGGAGAAAAGACGCACCGUAUCCAGGAGAGAUCCAGGCUUUCCUACAGGAAGCCUCUUUUCAGCAUCUCCCACAGGAUUUCAGACAAGAGAAACACACCCAGUCUGGAUCAGCAGGCUAACCAUGGUGGCUUGAGUCAGCUCAGCAUCAGCAGCAUCCUUUCCCAGAAGCUCCAAAGUCCAGAGCUCAACGGCCAAGCUAAGGUCUUCACCACCACAGACUGUUCGGAUCAGACCUCAGCAACAGAGUCCAACUUUUACCCACUCAUUGAGAAAAUGUUUUUUAUCCUCAAUACUCUAAACUCAAGCGUGACUCAGCUGCACAGUAAAGUGGACUUGUUAACCCUGGAAGUCAUGCGGAUAAAGAAGCAGAUCAAACCUGCUGAGAGGACGGCAGACUUCCAUCCUCCUCCUGAAUAUCUCCUAACGAACAAUGAACUUAAUCAGCUGAUGGAACACACAUCCAACGCCAGCGAGCUCGCCUGCCAGCUGCUUGUCCACCUUUUCCCAGAGCUAUUCAAAGCCAAGGAGUGCCCCCAUGACUGUAUGGCAAGCAAGACAACGCUGGGAUCUCUGCACCUGGAGCUGAUCCGGAACUAUGUGGAGGUUUGCUACCCCUCAGUGAAAAACAACAGCGUCUGGCAGGAGGACUGCCUUCUUCAGAUCAAUGAUUUCUUUAAUCGCUUCUGGGCACAGAGGGACAUGGAAAGCACUCAGCUCAUCAAGAAGCAGGCGGUCACUGGUGAUGGGACAAGAGUGGAGCUUCCUCAGACAUAUCGCUUCAUUAAUGAACAGGGUCAGGAGGAGAAUGUAUCCUUGGAUAACCAGCAGGGCAGCCUGCCUGUGUCCGACGAUGGGUUGAAUACUCAAGCUGCAGAAGAACUGGACGACUUCUCCUCGCCUGAAGAUUUUGUGAUUUUUCUCAUGCAUCGUCUCUUCCCGGAGGUUUUUGUAGAGGGCAAAAUUCCUGAAGUCUCCAGCAGUUACAGUAACGUGGGCCAGCUCAUUUUGGACUCUGACAAGAUGGAAAUCCUGAGGAAGUACAUGGAGGCAAAUUUUCCUGAUGUGCCUGAGGACAGUUGGCUUCAGUUGUGCAUUCAGCAUAUUGAAGACACGCUGGAAGGGCCGCACAGUAAUGGGAAUGGGAGUGAAUCUGACAACAUCAACUACGAGGGCUAUGACCUUGCUGGCUUUCAGAAAGACGUUCCUGUAGUGAGGUUUCCAGAGGCCAGUGAAUGUGAAAGACCUUGUCGCAAGUCCAAGAAGUCACUGCUCACCCCAGUGGAUUUUGAAAAUCUGACGAUUCCUCCACCUGACUUCAGUGUUCCCCAGGCGUACAUCUUAUCCAGGGAGCAGCUAAAGAGCAACUAUGAAUGUAGCUUAUCCAUUGGCAACUUUGCCUCCCGGCUUCUGGUGCUUAUGUUUCCCGAGCUAUUCACCCACGAGAACACCAGAAAACAGUACAACUGCAGCGGUUCUCUUGGGAAAAAGCAGCUAGACCCUGUGCGUGUGAAUCUGAUCCGUCAUUAUGUGCAGUUAGUCUACCCUCGGGCAAAGAACAACAGAGUGUGGAUGCUUGAAUUUGUAGGCAAACUCGAUGAGAGGUGCAGGAGGCGAGACACAGAGCAAAGAAGAUCGUACCUGCAGCAGCGCAGAGUUGGUGGCCAAGAGUCAGAGCAGGAAUUUCUCUGCCAGAUCAACCACAUCACUCCGGACAACACAAGAGAGGAUUCAGACAUUCCUUCUUUACCUCCCGAGAAAAGCAGCAAAGACUUCUGUAAGAUCCCCCUCGACAAACUGACCAUUUUCCAACCCGACUUCCCCGUACCCUCAGCCUACCUGCUGUCGGACUCCGAGGUGCGGGAAAUCGUCCAGCAGAGCCUUUCUGUUGGGAACUUUGCCGCCCGCCUGCUGGUCCGCCUCUUCCCUGAGCUGUUUACUCCGGAGAAUCUGCGCCUGCAGUACAACCACUCAGGGGCCUGCAAUAAGAAACAGCUGGACCCAGUCCGAUUGAGGCUGAUCCGUCACUAUGUGGAAGCGGUGUAUCCUGUGGAUAAGAUGGAGGAGGUGUGGCACUAUGAAUGUGUGCCGAGCAUCGACGAGCGCUGUCGGCGGCCGAACCGAAAGAAGUGUGACAUUCUUAAAAAGGCCAAGAGGUCAAACACUGUGUCGUAGUUGCAGUAUUUUAGUUAGUCGACAUGUUCUGUUCUGUAAUGAAAUAAUGGCUCAGUGUAUAAGCUGAAAAAACAUUGUUAAGCUAAUGUUUUAUCUUUUGCCUCCAGCAGCAAAUGUUUUAGGCACUUCAGAGUUAUUUUCUAAUGUGUUCAAAUAUUCUUGUUUAUAAGCCAGAGCUGUCAUUGCUUGUCUAACACAUUACUUUAAUCAAUGUAGCCUUAAAACCACCUUAUAACCACAAUAGUAGCUACAGUUAGCAGUCACACAAUUUAUCUAUUAACAAUAAUUACUAAUGUAGGAUCGUGCCACCAGUUUUAAUAAUAAAGUACUUACAGGUGGGUCUGAGUAUUUGCACAAGGACUUUUUUCAGCUUUUUUUCUGUACGUCACAAAAAUGGGUUUAAAACGAAGUAAUUAGGGCAAGAUUCAAGGAGUUUUCUUUUAAAUGUACUGCAUCAAAGGUAAUUGAGCUUAUACACUAACCAGUCCCUCUAUUACACAUUGCUAUUAUUUGAUUGGAGCCCGUUUUUCUUCAGAACUGCCAUUCUUCUUUGUGGCGUAGAAAAAGUGCCACAGACAACAAUCUGAUGAGCUUCUUGUCCAUAUUUGCCUGAUCGGAUAAAGCAGUUGUGGCCCAUUUAUUAGCUGCACAUUCACAUCCCAUUAAAACAAUCAUAGCCCAUAGAUGCUUUAUUGUCUUGAUAACUGUGGAGGCCACUGGAGUACAGUAAACUCAUUAUCAUAUUCAAGAAACCAGUGUGAGAUGACUGACAUGGCGCAUUAUUCUGUGGUCAUAAAGGGAUGAGCCAGGUCAGCAACAAUACUCGGGUCUGCUGUGGGAUGGUCAUUUGGUACUAAGUCAACCGGUUUGUGCCAAGAAAAGAUCCUCCAUGCCGUUAUACCACCUCUUUCUAGCUGAACUAUUGAUCCAAGGCCGGAUGAAUCCAUGCUGUUGGAUUGCUUAUUCUGACCCCACUAUCCAAAUGUUUCAGCCUAAAUCAAAGUUCAUUGGCCGAGGCAACGUUUCUUCAAUUUGUUUUCAUGCAGUUCAUAGCAUCAGUUCCCUGUUCUUAGCUUUUGGGACUGAUACCCAGUGAGGUCUUCUGCUGUUGUAGCCCAUCUGCUUCAAGGUUGGAUGUUGUGCGUUGAGAGAUGGUAUUCUGCAUCGGCUUUAACUGUUUGGUCAGUUGAGCUACUGUUGCCUUUCUAUCAUCUGGAACCAGUCUGCCUAUUCUCCUCAGACAUUACUGAGGCAUUUUGUCCACACAACUGCUACUCUUUUAACCAUUUCAUUUUCAAAGUCACUUAAAUCCUCAUUUUUCCUUCAUUCUGAUGCUCAGCUUGAAUGUGUUCAGACCAAAAUGCAUUGAUUCGCUGCCAUGUGACCACCUGAUUCCUUAUUUUUGCGGACAUGAAACAGGGUUAAAACCUAGAUGGACCGGUUUUCUGACAGCAAUUUAACAGGUGUUCCUGUUAAAAUGGCUAGUGAGUGUAAAUUAUAGCCUUUAACAUGACCCUCUCAAGUUUCUAUCACAUAAGUUAAAAUAAAGUUCAGGUCAACCCAUGUUAAUUUGGUAUCUUGUUUCUUUCUCAAAUGUAGUCCAAACUCUACUUGGUAAAUGAUAUAACUUAAAACCCAUUGCGGUCGUCUACAGAACCAAAGCUGCUGGUUUUUGUCCUUGUCUGAAUAUUGAUGGCCAUAUGACUGUAUAUUAAGCCUUCUUAUAGAAGUGUAUGUUAUACUGGUAAUUUAACAUGACAAUGGGUCAUGAUAACCUAUUUCUAAUAAAUACACAGUUAUAAAAUGCA